AGGGGGUGACGUCACCGGCAGUCUCCGGAGAGAGCCGACGGGCUCCGAGCGGCGGCGCCGAGGCGCAGUCAUGGCGGCCGCCUGCGCCGCGGCCGCUGGGAAGAGCGAGGAUCCGGCGCCGGAGGCCGCGGCGCUGGCCGCCGCCCGGGAGCGGAGCAGCCGCUUCUUGAGCGGCCUGGAGCUGGUGAAGCAGGGCGCCGAGGCGCGCGUGUUCCGCGGCCGCUUCCAGGGCCGCGCGGCCGUGGUGAAGCACCGCUUCCCCAAGGGCUACCGGCACCCGGCGCUGGAAGCGCGGCUCGGCCGGCGGCGGACGGUGCAGGAGGCCCGGGCGCUGCUCCGCUGCCGCCGCGCAGGGAUAUCUGCCCCCGUUGUCUUUUUCGUAGACUAUGCCUCCAACUGCUUAUACAUGGAAGAGAUUGAAGGUUCAGUGACUGUUCGAGAUUAUAUUCAAUCCACUAUGGAGACCGAAAAAACUCCCCAAAGUCUCCUCGGCUUAGCCAAGACGGUUGGGCAGGUUUUGGCUCGAAUGCACGACGAAGACCUCAUUCAUGGUGAUCUUACCACCUCGAACAUGCUGCUGAAACCCCCCGUGGGACAGCUGAACAUCGUGCUCAUAGACUUUGGGCUGAGUUUCAUUUCUGCACUUCCAGAAGAUAAAGGAGUCGACCUCUACGUGCUGGAGAAAGCCUUCCUCAGUACCCACCCCAAUACCGAGGCUGUAUUUGAAGCCUUUCUGAAGAGCUACUCCACCUUCUCCAAAAAGUCCAGGCCGGUGCUAAAAAAGUUAGAUGAAGUGCGCCUGAGAGGAAGAAAGAGGUCCAUGGUCGGGUAGAAGAGUCUGACAAGUACUGACGUGCUGGCCAUUUGCGUCAAAGGGAAUUUGAAGGAAGGCUCCGAAUAUGAGAUUAGACCUAAAUAAAGGUAUUGAGAUCCUUUUAA